UUCUCGGGCCGUCUGCCGGUCCCGGCCGGAAGCGGAAGCAGUGCCGGAAGCGGAACCGGGCUGCGACCGUGCUCGCCUCCGGGCAGCUAUGGAGGCCCCCGAGGACGGCGGCGAGAGCGGGGAGCCGGGGGGCCCGAGCCUGUCGGAGCUGUGCGCGCUGCUGUUGCGGACGCGGGACGCCGGCGGCCGGCUCCAAGCGGGCCACGAGCUAUUGCGGCGGCUGCGGGCGCCCGGAACCGGCGCGGGGGCUGAGGGGCUGGAGCUCGAGGUAGACGAGGCCGAGCUGAGCCGGGUCGUGGACGAGCUCACGGCCUGGCUUCCGGCCAGUCACAGCAAGGUGGCGUUACUCGGACUAGAAAUUUUAAGUGCCUUUGUUGACAGAUUAUCCACAAGAUUCAAAUCUUACUUACCCACGGUGAUUUCAGCUUUACUCGACCGGCUGGGAGACACCAAAGACCAGGUCCGGGAGCAGGCGCAGAGUCUGAUCUUGAAGCUCACGGAGCAGGCGGCUUCGCCCAUGCACGUUUGGGAGCACCUGACUGCUGGCUUUAAACACAAGAACUACCGCUCCCGAGAAGGCGUCUGCCUGUGUCUCAUCACCACCUUAAACACCUACGGGGCCCAGGCGCUGGUCCUCAGCAAGUUGGUGCCGCAUCUGUGCGUCUUACUCGGAGACUCCAACGGGCAGGUGCGGGAUGCCGCGGUGCUGGCCAUGGUGGAGGUUUACCGCCACGCGGGGGAGAGAGUCAGAGCGGACCUGGCCAAGAGAGGCCUCCCCGCUGCCCGGCUGCAGACGGUGUUUGCCAGGUUUGAUGAAGUGAGAGACUCGGGCGCGAUGAUCCUGAGCGUCGUCAAUGAUAAAAGCUUUGACGAUGAGGAAUCAGUGGACGGGAACAGGCCGUCAACAGCCGCCUCAGCCUUCAAGGUCCCGGCCCCGAAGACCUCCGGGAACCCCGUCAACAGUGGCCGCAAACCUGGUUCUUCUGGGGGUCCGAAGGCUGCAGGAGCGUCCAAGGAAGGCGGGGCUGGCGCUGUGGACGAGGACGACUUUGUGAAAGCGUUUGCGGAAGUCCCUUCUGUGCAGAUCUAUUCUAGCCGGGAACUGGAAGAAACGCUGAAUAAGAUCCGGGAGAUUCUGUCGGAUGACAAGCACGACUGGGACCAGCGCGCCAACGCGGUGAGUUUCCUGUCUGGGGGCUGCUCUUUGACCUCCCCCCUUUCCUUCUCCCCGCACAGACAUCUGUCCACCGUGUUGGGCAACAAGUUCGACCAUGGCGCCGAAGCCAUCGUGCCUACCCUUUUUAACCUGGUCCCCAACAGCGCCAAAGUCAUGGCCACGUCCGGCUGCGCGGCGAUCCGCUUCAUCAUCCGGCACACGCAUGUGCCCCGGCUCAUCCCGCUGAUCACCAGCAACUGCUCUUCCAAGUCCGUGGCAGUGAGGAGGCGCUCCUUUGAGUUUUUGGACCUCCUCUUGCAAGAGUGGCAGACCCAUUCCUUGGAGAGGCACGCGGCCGUGUUGGUGGAGACGAUUAAGAAGGGGAUUCACGACGCGGACGCGGAGGCCCGAGUGGAGGCCAGGAAGACAUACAUGGGCCUCCGGAACCACUUUCCCGGGGAAGCCGAGACCUUGUAUAACUCCCUGGAGCCUUCCUACCAGCGCAGCCUCCAGACGUACCUCAAGAACUCGGGCAGCGCCGCCUCCCUCCCCCCCUCGGACCGCUCCUCCUCCAGCUCCCAGGAGAGCCUCAACCGCCCGUUCUCCUCCAAGUGGUCUGCGGGGAGCGCCUCGGCCGGCCCCGGGAGAGUGUCUUCCAGCAGCGGCAAAAUGACGGGGAGCCCCGGCAGCCUCCAGCGGUCCCACAGUGACAUCGACGUGAACACGGCCGCGGGGGCCAAGGCGCGCCACAUCGCGGGGCAGGCGGGCGGCGGUGGGCGCCUCGGGCCCGGCACCCUCACUCCCGGCUCGUACGCGUCCCUGGAGGACGCAUCGGAGAAGGCAGACGGGGCGGCUUCGGACGAUGGUCGCGUGAGAGCCAAACUUUCCACGGCCGUGGCGAGCGCGGCCGGCUCCAAGGCGGACUCCCGGGGCCGCAGCCGGACGAAGAUGGUGUCCCAGUCUCAGCCCGGCAGCCGCUCCGGGUCCCCGGGACGAGUGCUCACCACCACGGCGCUCUCGACCAUGAGCUCGGGAGUCCAGAGGAUGCUGGUCAGCCCCGCGUCAGCCCAGAAGCGCAGCAAGAUCCCUCGGAGCCAGGGCUGCAGCCGAGAAGCCAGCCCCUCUCGCCUCUCCGUGGCGCGAGGCAGCCGCAUCCCUCGUCCCAGCGUGAGCCAGGGCUGCAGCCGAGAGGCCAGUCGCGAGAGCAGCAGGGACACGAGCCCGGUGCGCUCCUUCCAGCCCCUGGCUUCCAGACAUCACUCCAGAUCGACGGGUGCCCUCUACACCCCCGAUGUCUGUGGGGCCUCAGGCGCGGGCUACGGGAUCGGGCAGUCCAGCCGCCUGUCGUCCUCCGUCAGCGCCAUGCGUGUCCUGAACACGGGCUCCGACGUGGAAGAAGCCGUCGCCGACGCCUUGCUCUUAGGAGACAUGCGCACCAAGAAAAAGCCCGCGCGCCGGCGGUACGAGCUCUACAGCGGAGGCAUGUACUCGGACGACGACGCCAACAGCGACGCCUCCAGCGCCUGCUCCGAGCGCUCCUACAGCUCCCGGAACGGCAGCAUCCCCACCUACAUGCGGCACGCAGGGGUGUGUGUGUGUGUGUGUGUGUGUGCGGGUGCGUUGUGGGGUUUGAAUGUCCCCUCCGGGCUCCGGCACUAAUUGGCGCUUUGUCAUUUUGCCAGUCGUGUGGAGCUGAAAAGAUUGUGUGAGAUUUUCACGAGGAUGUUCGCGGACCCUCACAGCAAGGUCUUCAGCAUGUUCCUGGAGACGCUCGUGGACUUCCUUCAGGUCCACAAGGAUGACCUGCAGGACUGGCUCUUCGUGCUGCUCACCCAGCUGCUGAAGAAGAUGGGCGCCGACCUGCUCGGCUCCGUCCAGGCCAAAGUGCAGAAGGCCCUGGACAUCACCAGAGAGUCUUUCCCUAAUGACCUUCAGUUCAACAUUCUCAUGAGGUUCACGGUGGACCAGACGCAGACGCCGAGCUUAAAGGUCAAAGUCGCUAUCCUCAAGUACAUCGAGACACUGGCUCAGCAGAUGGACCCCGGGGAUUUUGUCAACUCCAGUGAAACGCGCCUGGCCGUGUCUCGGAUCAUCACUUGGACCACGGAACCCAAAAGUUCUGACGUCCGAAAGGCAGCUCAGGCCGUGCUCAUCUCCCUGUUUGAGCUCAACACUCCCGAGUUUACGAUGCUGCUGGGAGCUUUACCAAAAACCUUUCAGGAUGGUGCUACCAAACUACUUCACAAUCACCUUCGCAACACGGGCAGCGGCGGCCAGGGUUCAAUGGGGAGUCCCCUGACGAGGCCCACUCCACGCUCACCAGCUAAUUGGUCCAGUCCGCUCACCUCCCCCACGAACACGGCCCAGAACGCUCUGUUACCCAACGCCUUUGACUACGACACAGAGAACAUGAACUCGGAGGACAUCUACAGCUCUCUGCGCGGGGUCACCGAAGCCAUCCAGAAUUUCAGCUUCCGCAGCCAGGAGGACAUGAACGAGCCGCUCAAGAGGGAGUCCAAGAGGGAGGGUGAGGGCGAGCAGAUGUGCAGCGACCCCCGCGGCGGAGGGGACGCCCCCGACUCUGGCCGAGGAGUCCUGGACAACAAGACCUCGAUGCUCAACACGAUGCCCCCGCACUCCUCCCCCCGCGCCCGGGACUACAACCCCUACAACUACUCGGAUGGCGUGGGCUCCUUCAACAAGUCCGCGCUGAAGGAGGCCAUGUUCGACGACGACGCGGAUCAGUUCCCUGACGACCUGUCCCUGGACCACUCGGACCUGGUGGCGGAGCUGCUGAAGGAGCUCUCCAACCACAACGAGCGCGUGGAGGAGAGGAAGGGCGCGCUCUGCGAGCUGCUCAAGCUGACCCAGGAGGACGCCUUCGGAGUCUGGGACGAGCACUUCAAGACCAUCCUGCUGCUGCUGCUGGAGACGCUGGGGGAUCGGGAGCACUCAGUCAGAGCUCUGGCCUUAAGAGUCCUGAGAGAAAUCCUGAGGAACCAGCCGGCCCGAUUUAAAAACUACGCUGAGCUGACCAUCAUGAAGACCCUGGAGGCCCACAAGGACCCGCACAAAGAGGUGGUGCGGUCGGCGGAAGAGGCGGCGUCCAUGCUGGCCACAUCCAUCAGUCCGGAGCAGUGCAUCAAAGUGCUCUGCCCCAUCAUCCAGACGGCCGACUACCCCAUCAACCUGGCCGCCAUCAAGAUGCAGACCAAGGUGAUCGAGAGGGUGUCCAAGGAGACGCUGGCCCAGCUCCUGCCAGAGAUCGUGCCGGGCCUCAUCCAGGGUUAUGACAAUUCGGAGAGCAGCGUUCGGAAAGCUUGCGUCUUCUGCCUCGUGGCCAUCCACGCCGUCAUCGGCGACGAGCUGAAGCCCCACCUCAGCCAGCUCACCGGGAGCAAAAUGAAGCUGUUGAAUCUGUACAUCAAGCGGGCGCAGACGGGCUCAGGAGGGAGCGACCCCGCGGCGGCGGCCGACGGGCCCGGGCAGAGCUAGCAGAGGCCGCUCCACCGGCUCAGAUGGAGGGGGCGCCUCUCGGCCCCGCGUGAGCUCCGGCCCGCCCCGUGUUCGCUUCCACAGGGGGCCGCUUCAGCCUGCAUGUGCCCGUCACCGUAGAGUGGUUCCAGACCCAGGAGAACAGUGUUAAUGCCGGUCCAGGAACCGCGAGUCCUUUCCAGAGAUGAACCCGCCGUUUUUCCAGUCCUCGCUCCUCUGUCUCCCAUUAACCUUUGCCAGUGUUAUGACUGUAGAGACUUUGUAAUUGCUGAUUACGCAGGAACGCUCUGAGCUUCCCGGGGUUCCCCCAGAGCCCCCGGCCUCUCUCCAGCUGCAGGACGAUGUCUCUGGGCCUCCCUUAACUUCUGUUGGCUAUCAUGUCCUUGGCUAUAAACGUGAAAUGAGCGGGAGGAAGAGCCAGCCUCCCCAGCUGCUGCCGGACCCUGUUGUGCCCCAGUGGGGGCGGGAUCCGGGGCUUCAAGACAGGCGGCCCGGCCCCAUGGGGGUCUGGGACUCCCCAGAAGGCUGGGGGCGGGGAGGGACCCCUGCCGACUCUGCACGAGGGCCUCCCCUGAGUCAGAGAGAGCGGGCUCAGGGUCCGGGGCCCCGCCUGGCCGUACCCUCGGGGGGCCGAGAGGAGGGAGCAGUCCCCGUUCUCAGCCAGCAGUCUCUACCUCCGCGUGGCUCGCUCUCGACACCGAGCCGGUGCCCGCCCCGUGCGUCGCCCUGCUCGCGUCCCCGCGCUGCCCUCUUGGAAGCAAGCUGGCCUGGCUGAGUCAGGACAGGAGAUGGAGAAGCUGCGCCCCUCCCCGCCCCUGGUUUUCUUUUAACUGUUAAUGACAUUGUGUAUUUAUGGUUCUGUGCUUCCCGUUGUGCAUACCCUGGCAAUAAAGUUGUACAUAACACGGCUUGAGAAGGAUCGAGUGACGGCA